CUGCACCUGCCAAAAAAGAAAAAAAAGAAUAAGAGCUGUGUUUGUUUCCGGUUCAGUCGAGAAAAAGAAAGGGCUUUACAACAAAAUGCUAAGGAGAAAUUAUUGCCAUCCCAGUAAUUCGGUUUGAGUUUGAUUGGCUUAGUUUCUGUGGAUAUCUAAGGUACAUUUGUCGAAAUAAUCACUUAAACUAAACGGGCGAUGGAAGUGUCUUCUGAGAGCCGCUGAAAAAUAACUGAUCUAGAAAGCUGCUCCCGUAGGUGAAAAUAUUAUUUAUACACUCUUGAAAUAGUAGUAGGUCAUAUACGAGUUAAUUGCCUCAAAUAGCAAAACUUUCGUCCAAGGAACAUGAAGUUCUUGUCUGAUGUUGUUUACUGGUAACCUCUCACAACUGAACAACAGAGAAGAGAUUGAAAAAUGGACGUCAAAAGCCUGAAUGAAAUGUGAAACUUUCUUAUGAGUAAGGUUUGCUUAUUUUAGACUUGAUUUUUUAUCUUCCUCCUAAUCGUACGUCGCCAAUGUCUAACAACUCGGCUACCACCGAAGCACCUUUCUAUGACAUGGGUUUGGGAAUGCCCUUAUGGGUCGUCAUUGUCUGGGCAGCUGUUGGUGUUCUUGUCAUUGCCAUGAUUAUUUUGAUCGUUUACGCCUGCCACGCAAGAAAAACUGCACCACCUAAUGACAGCAGUGAAGAUGACGAGAGACGAAUGUCUGUCGCCACAUUUGAUAACUAUCCUCAGGGAUACAUCAACGAUCUGCACACCAAACGACUCAUAACUGAACAGCUUUUCCCUUCAACCUUCGUGAACAACAUGCGGAUACCACGUGCUGUGGAGGUGCGCAUGACAGACACUCCAAGGAGCAGUGGAGACUUCAUACCACAGCAAAACGUCACAGAACCUCCGAGGGUUUCAUUUGAAGAAUUAGGUUUCCAUGGAUACGAGUAUGAACACUAUGACGACGAUGAUGAUGUUAACGAGUUGCAUCCAAACAAACGAAUAAGCCUUUCGAGAGAUGCGUCGUUCAAAGCUUCUAACAUCAGCGAGGAGAACAAAGCAAAACAGCUUCAUAGAGAACGAAUGCUGGUGAAUGAACUGAGGGAAAAGAUUCGAAGAGAUAAGAGGAUCAAUGAAGAGGACAGCAAAUGGUAGCUUUGUGAGAAAAGAGCAGCUGCAAAACUGCUGGAAGCUCCACUAGAAGGCAAUGACAGACAGACAGACAGUUUUGCUAUACAGUUCUGCGUUAUUGAAUCGAGGAAAAACAAGGAACUCCUGGUUUUGAAUGGAAAGAAAAUAUUGGUCUUUGCAAUUUGUUUUUACACCUUUUGCCGUUUAGUCAGCAAGCAACGUUCGUUAGCUUGUCACUAGUAUACUUGCAAGUAAUUCCCGGCAUGGGCCUGACUGGGAAUUUUAUUAAAUUGAUUAUACAUUAGCAAAAAACGUUUUAUUUUACAGUUUUCGUAAGAGUGGGAAACGAUAUGGCGCAGCUGUAACCGCGCGUUGUGAUUGGAUGAACUAUAUUGACAGACAGUGGUGGGAAGCCAUUUCAAUGUUACGGCAUGCCGUAUCCUGUAUGUGCUGUAAGUCUGUACCGUAAGUUUCCCACUCAUACGAAAAUCAUUCUGACUUAUGGUUAAGCCAUCUUAAUGUUUCAAUGUUACGGCAUGUCGUACUGUGUACGUGCUAUAAGUCAGGAACCUACGAAAUCGCUUCCAGACGUACUAAACGUCAAUUUGGAAGUGAUGUUACUAAUGAUCAUUAAACAACGCCAUUCAAGUAAAA